ACGAGGCGGAAGUAGUUUUCUUGUUUUGGUCCUCCUCCUAGCUAAGAUUAGCUAGCCGCUCCUCCUCCUCCAGCUGUCUGUCUGUUGUUGUUUGUGCCAUCAGGCUGUCCUGAGACAAGCUUAAAAAAAGAAAUGAAGAAGUUUUUCGAUGACUUUAAAAAAGACAUUAAGUUUAAAUCAGCGGGGCCUGGGAAGAAGCUGACAGAAGACACGAGCGCGAAGCCUGAGAAAGUGCCGAGCGUCUCCAGUGCCAAGAAUAAAAGCUAUGCCCCCAGUGAAGGAGCCCAGCGGGCUGGAGCUGCAGCCCUGGCCAGGAUCGAGCAGCACCAGCGGCCCAAGGUCCACACCUCUCAGGACGCCAUCAGGAACCAGGUUAAGAGAGAGCUGGAGGCAGAGGCGGCGGCACUGGCUGAAAAACAAAAUGCAGCUACAGCAGAGGGAACCAAUGUGCUAGUGCAAGAUCUCGCCUGCCUCUCAGUGUCAGGUGUGUAUUUCACCUGUCCGCUAACCGGAGCCACUUUAACUAAGAGUAAGAGGGAGGUUCACAUUAAAGAGGCCAUUUUAAUGCGGUUUGAGGAGGAUGCAGUCGAGGCCUCUGUUAUGAUGAUGCACACAUUUAACAAAGACAGAGAGAAAGUGAAGACUGCUGUGGACAUCAUAAGCAAGUAUGUCGAUAAUAUAUGUAAGAAUCCCACAGAGGAGAAAUACAGGAGAAUUAAACUCAGCAACAAGGUGUUCCAGGAGAAAGUUCGUUGCAUGGAGGGCAGUAGAGAGUUCCUGGAGGCGCUGGGCUUCAUAAGUGUUAUGCUCCCUGUAGAUGGUCAAGAGGAGGAAGAGGAGUUCCUGGUGUUACCAGAGCAGAGUCCCGAUGACCUGGAGUUGAUGAAGGAGAGGAGGGAUCGCCUCCAGAGAGGAGAGCCAGUCAGAGCUCAGCUGGACAGGCAGCCUCAAGUGUUCAGACCCUCUCCCAACGCCCAGCGCUUCGAGCUGCCGCCGGAGUUCUACAACCUAACGGCGGAGGAGCUCAAGAAGGAGCAACAGCAGAGGAGUGAUUUGGUGGAGAAGAACGCCAUGCUGCGCACUAAGGCCAUGAGGGAGAAAGAGGAGCAGAGGGAGAGAAGGAAAUACAACUACACCCUGCUUAGGAUCAGACUGCCUGAUGGAAGCCUGCUACAAGGGACCUUUUAUGCGUGGGACCGGCUGCCUGUGCUGUUUGAGUUUGUACGGGAGUCCUUGGUGGACGGCUGGCAGCCCUUUGAGCUCAUCGCUCCUGGAAGUCAGAAACUACAAGAGUCUGAGGAAGUGGCUCUCGCAGAGUGUAACCUGGUCCCUGCAGCUCUGCUCACAUUUGCGUGGGACGCCGCUGUGCAGGCCGACAUCGCAGCAGCAGGUGGAAAGAGCUCCUCCCUCCUCAAACCAGAGCUGCUAGAAACCAUUCGGACCCUGAGCUGAGCCGAGCUGAGCUGUCCCCCGAGCUCCCCGUCUGGCUACAGCUCCCCACACCCACCAUGGCACUAAAUGGGGUGAAACUGCCCCCUUAAAAAAAGAAAAAAAAAAGACGACUAGUGAUACGUUUAUUUUUUACAGAUUCUAACUUAAGUCAAAAGCAGUGAUAGAUUAGGGGCGACCUCACCCUAAAUGCUUUUGCUGAGCACACCCCUCCCUCCCUCCCUCUGUCUCCAGGCGGGGGGAUAACGUCACACUGCAGACUCUGUCUCAGCAGCACGUUCGUGUUGCAUUACUAACAGAUGUAAGGAGAAAGCGAGGGCCCGAGUCUUGUUGUUUUCGUUGCUUCCCGAAUGAAUGUACACGCUGUGCGGUUAACAGACUGUGGCGGCAGCAGUCCUCUGUGCUCAGUCAGGUAUACGUCGCGUGGCGUUGUUGGCAUGUUGAGAGACCUUCUUUAAACUGUGUUGACGCUUCCUCCCCGUUCUUUGGAAGUAAACAGUCUGCUGUAUUAUCAGCGUACACGUCUUGGCUGUGCAGUCACAUAGAAGUGAAUCUGAUCAGAUGCUGUUGUUGACGUGUGUCGGGGUAUCUUUGCAUCGCUGGGUGUCCGUGCACCGGUUUUAUCAGAGACUUGAAAUGUGAUCGCUUUUGUUUGCCGGUGCUCAAGUUCGAACAGUGUUUUGUCUGAUUUGGUGUGAUAAAGAGUCUUGCUUGCCCGUUUGUCCUCUGCUCUGCAGUGGCCUUACACUCCAUGGUGUGGUAAAACUAAUUUCUCUGUUUGCUUUAAAUGUAAUUGUACAUGUACGAGCACAAAUCAUAAAUCAAACAUUUUGUUUCUGUAUAAUUUGACUUUAAAAUGAAGGUCCAAAACAGAAAUAUUUACUGACAAGCCCCCCCAAAAUGUCAUGAAGAUCCUUUAAACCAAAAUAUUUAGUUAUAUUUGACCAGUUUGAAGCACUUUCCAGGGUCGUUUUAAAUGCUAAAGGUGUAAAGCGUGCCCUAAAUGUAAAAAUACUUUGUUUACACUACUCAAGUGAUAAUUGUAGAGGCGGACGCUUCGUGUAAUCAACUCGCUCUGGCAUGCAGGCAGGCGUGAAUUAAUUUGUCGUUACAGCUGGCAGCAUGGACUCGUCUUGUUGAUGAUGAUGGUGGUUUUAAUUCAUCUUGUAUUUUGUUUGUAUCAAACACAUUUCCUCGAGAUAACAACAGGUCUGUUUUUCCAAUUCCUACCAACCCAACGAGAAAUCAAAGCCGUGAAACGAAGUGUGUGAAAUGUUUUUUCCCUUGAAACAUGUAAUUGAAGGUUAAUUAAUCUAUACUAGGUAUAAAUCUAUUAGUUUGUCCUGCUUGCGGUUGGUUAAGAUGACAACAACCUACCUCUCAUUGCUCUAAUAAAUCCCAAGUAAGUUGUACAUAAACAUGUAACACAGAUCUUAGAAGAGCUUUGGUUGUUUUGUUUUUUCCUUUUACAAUAGAAAUCUUUGUCGCCAACUUAAGACUGUAAUAUUAAUA